AUUUAACAAGUUUGAAGCAAUUCACCGCCUGAAACUCUAAUAAGUUUGGUACCCAUCAAAUGAAAAGAUGAAAAAUGCCAAAACUACCCAGAAUCAGACCCUCCAAUUUCUCAUCAACCCAUAACAAUCAAAACCCUUUGUUCCCAUCAAACCAGACUUUCCCGCCAACACCGCAAGAAUUUGAUUAUCUCUCUUACCUAUCAACUGCCACCUCAUUGUCUUCAACUCUUCAACACUACAUCAAUUCAGAUACCCCAGUUUAUGGCCGAAAGAUCCACACUUAUAUAAUUAAAUCUGGGUUUAGACCCAAUACCAAUAUCUCCAUCAAGCUAUUAAUUUUGUACUUAAAAUGCGGAGUUCUAGAUUACGCAAGUCAACUGUUUGAUGAAUUGCCUCAACAAACUUUAUCAGCGUAUAAUUAUAUGAUUGGUGGGUACAUAAAACAUGGGAAGAUUCAAGAAUCGUUUGGUUUAGUGCGGAGUUUGUUUUCUUCUGGUGAAAGGCCGGAUGGAUAUACGCUUUCCAUGCUUCUAAAGGCGUCCACUUGUUGCGGCAGUAAUGUGCUGUUGCCCCGUAGUUUAGGGAGAAUGGUGCAUGCCCAGAUAGUGAAAUGUGAUAUUGCAGCUGACGAUGUGCUUUAUACGGCACUUGUUGACUCGUAUGUGAAGAAUGGGAAGGUUGGUUACGCAAGGACUGUGUUUGAUAUGUUGUUAGAGAAAGAUGUUAUUUGUUCUACAUCGAUGAUUUCGGGGUAUAUGAAUCAAGGGUUUGUAGAAAAAGCUGAAGAGGUUUUUAGUAAAACUGUGGAAAAAGAUAUUGUUGUCUACAAUGCUAUGAUCGAAGGUUAUAGCAAAUCGAUUGAUACUGCUAAGAAAGCACUUAAGUUUUACGUUGAUAUGCAAAGGUUUGGUUUUCAGCCAAAUAUUUCAACUUUUGCUAGUGAAAUUGGGGCUUGCUCCGUAUUGACUGAGUUCGAAUUUGGUCAACAGGUUCAAAGUCAACUUAUGAAGACUGAGUUCUUUGAGCAUGUAAAAAUGGGUAGUGCUCUUGUUGAUAUGUAUGCAAAAUGUGGAAGAAGUGAGGAUGCACGGAGAAUUUUCGAUCACAUGCCGGAAAAGAAUGUUUUUACAUGGACUUCUAUGAUUGAUGGUUAUGGGAAGAAUGGGAACCCCAAUGAAGCACUGGAACUUUUUUGUAGGAUGCAAGAAUGUUCUGUGGAACCUAAUUAUGUCACCUUCCUUGGUGCUCUCUCAGCCUGUGGACAUGCCGGCUUAGUCGCCAAAGGUCGAGAGAUCUUUGAGAGCAUGGAGAGAGAUUAUUCAAUGAAACCAAAGAUGGAGCAUUAUGCUUGCAUAGUCGAUCUCUUGGGACGCGCAGGGAGUCUGGAACUGGCAUUGGAGAUUGUACUUAAAAUGCCCGAGAAACCUAAUUCUGAUGUUUGGGUAGCUCUGCUUAGUUCAUGUAGGCUGCAUGGUGACAUCGAGAUGGCAAAGAUAGCUGCCAAUGAAAUCUUUAAAUUAAAUGCUAAUGACAGGCCAGGGGCAUAUGUUGCACUAUCCAAUACUUUUGCAGCUGCUGGGAAAUGGGAUAGUGUAACUGAACUUAGGGAGGUGAUGAAGUUAAGAGGUAUACUGAAAGACACUGCCUGCAGUUGGGUUGGGUCUGAGAGUGGUUAGUGAUUCUAUUUUAUUGACAGUAGUCAUACUGUCUACCUCAGAACCCAAUUCCAUGAGUCAGGCACUGUCUCAAUUUUGUUUGUUUUUAUAUUUAUUGAUUGCAUGUGAAACAUUAUAGCCUGAGAUGGAGUGUACUUAUUAAAACCAUAAAUU